GUAAAAAUUUUGAGGGGAAUAAGAAAUCUGAAAUGAAAAAUUUUUAGUUUAUUGGAAGUCGUUGUGUGUUGUAAAUUGUUUCGGAAUUUGUUGUGCCAAAAUUCUUUCCAUGCACCGCUAACGAGUGAUUUCAACUGUUAAUUUCAUUUCAAAUUUUUCCGGUGUGCAUGAACUAAAAGCAGAAGAAGGCAAAAUUUCCAAAAAAUAAAUUUAAAAAAAAAUUUAAAAUAAAAUUACUAAAAUACUUAAAAACAAAUUUUUUUCCACGAAAUAUUUUGUUUAUAAAACAGAUCGCAAACUCUACGUAAAGUGUGUUAAGUGUGCAACAGAAAAUGUUUUAAGUAAAUUUGCAGUGUAAAAGAAAAAAUUGCAGCUUAAAAUUUGCAAAAUAAUAGCCACAAAUUUUUUUUCAAAGAUAAUUAAACAAAAAGUAAAAAAUUACAUUAACGAAAAUGCCUUUUGUUGCACCAAAAGGCAAUAGCACAGCAUCAACAUCCAACAGCACAGGACGCACUACAUUUCGUCCACCGUGGGUGAAGGAUGAUGGCGCAACUGCACUUAAGUCCACAGUUAAAACUUCCGUUCCAUGGGCUAAGAAAAAUGCAGCAGAAAAGGAAAAUGGUGAACAAGCUGCAGCCUCCACCACUAAUAGCACAACAACUGCAAAGAAAACAACUGCAGACAGUGCAGCUAAAAAAAAUGUAGAGACUCCCAAAAAGACAACCGAACCAGCAAAGAAAACAGUGGAACCCACAAAAAAAACAGUGGAACCAGCAAAGAAAACUGUGGAGCCGGUCAAAAAAACAGUAGAACCGGUUAAGAAAACAGUUGAAGCUACAAAAAAAAUUGUAGAGCCAGUAAAAAAAAUCGUAGCACCUGUGAAAAAAAUAAACGAACCAAUUAAAAAGCCAACAACAAAUACAACAACUAUAAAAACAAGUGCAGCUGCUAAAAAGAAAGAACCGACGCCAUCAUCCUCCGAAGAAGAAGAAACUGAGGAAGAAGAAGAAACUGAAGAAGAAGAAGAAACUGAGAGCGAAUCCGAAGAGGAGGAAGAAGAGGAUGAUGAACUUAAAGGUAUUUCAGAUUUAGAAGGUUUAUCAGAUAUAGAUAUGUCUGAGUUUGAUGAUACCCUGAGCUCCCAUCCACAAUUAAAACCAACACCUCGCAAAAAACAAACUGAUGAUACUGAAUUAAAACGUCGUUUCUCAAUCGAAAAGCCUAAAUUACGCCCGGUCGCAGUUAAACGCGAUAAGUCCAUGAAAAAUGUAGAAGAUGAAGAUGAGUUUGUAGACGGUGAAACUGAUGAGGAACGCGAACGUAGAUUACGUUUUAAAUUAGAAAAACCAAAAUUGCGACACGUUAAACGUGAAGAAAAGCCCUUGCCUGCCAAAAGUUCCGAAAAUAUUUUGAAAAUAAGACCGGCUUUGAAAAAAGUUUCGAAAAUUGAAGAAUUUCUUAAAGAACCCAAAGAGGAGCCAAAGCCAGAAUUCAAAACGAAGCAAUUACGCAAAACUCCCUCUAUAAAACGUGAACCGAGCAUUAAAAACGUUCCUGCACCGCCACCGCUACCAUCACUGGUACCAAAGGCUCCACCACCACCACCACCGCCACUUGGUCCACUCGGGAAGAAGAAAGAGUUAACAGAAACUCAUAAGGCAGCAUUAGACAAGCUUAAAACUCGACCGCGGAAACGUCCAGAUUGGUCUGAAAUGAUGAAAGAGGUAGAAAGCGGCAAAAAAUUGCGCCAUGUACAAUGCAAUGACAGAUCUCAACCGAUUCUCACCUGUAAAUCAAUGACAAAAGUUGAUGAUAAAUUUAUCUAUGAGACAGAGAAAGAUAAUUCACAUAAUAAAUUGUUAAAACAAAUCCAAGGCGGUGUAAAAUUGAAACCCACAAAAACACAUGAUCGCAGUAAGCCGUUUAUAGAGGGUCUCAGAAAAUUCCGCAAGCAAAUGACAAUUGAAGAGCAAUUACAAAAAUCACAAUCAAAAAUAAAUAUGCUAGGCGAGGCACCCAGCAGUAUAGCUACUAAAGAUGAAGUUGGCUCUUCAAGCGGUAUUGUAGCUGCGCUAUCAAUCGAUGAUCCAAGCGGUGAUGAACUCGACGAUAUCGAUAACAUACGCGACGAUCUGCAGAGUACAAAGCAAAUGUUGGCACUCGAACUGCGUACUCGUGAAGCACAGGAACGUGAAAAUAAAAAACUCUUGGCAAAAAUUGCAACACUCGAAGCUGAAUUGGAACGUGAGAAAUCACGUGAAAAGAAUUUGGAAUAUGGAUCGAAUGUUAUAGUAGCAACUAUGGAUGCAACACCAGGGAAAGAAGAACUUUAUGUGCGCUCACUGCAAAAAGAAGCAGAAGAAUCGCGUAACGCUUCAAGUGAAUUACAAAAGAAAUAUUUGGAUACUGGUGAACUCCUUGAUCAGGCCAAGAGUGAAAUUGAAGAACAGAAACGACAAAUACAAAUGUUGGAACGUAAGUUGGCGCAGGCAUUACAGGGCGGUGGUUCAAUUGGUGGUUCGAGACGCGCUAGUGAGGCACAUUUAGGACGUGACAGUUCACCUGAAUUCGAUGUUGAACUUAGCGAAAGUGAUCCAGACGAACCUGAAGAAAAGAAAACUGAACGACGUGAACGACGUUUAGUUAAGGAAGUGAAAGUACUUCGCAAGAAACUAACAAUUCUCAAAGUCAAACAGGAAGCAGCUAAGAAGGAAAAAGUGGCCUUGAAACAGGCAAUGAAGAAGAAUCAUGUUAUUCUUAAGGAAGAAAACAAAAAAUUCAAAAAAUUGGACAAAGAAGUUCAAAAAAUGGCGAAAAAUAUGGAAGAGGAACCAGACUUCGACGAUUUGGACGAUGAUGAAGAAAAACCUAAAGCAGACAAUGAAGCUGAACAAUCAGAUGAGGAAGAAGAAGAAGAGGAGGAAUCUGAGGAAGAAUCCGAAGAAUCAGAAUCUGAAGAGAGUGAAGCUGAAACAGAAAGUGAAAGUGAAGCAGAAGACGCAACAAAUACUGACAAGAAAAAUAAUUUGGAACCACGUGUGAAGAAACAUGAAAGCCGCCUAUCAGCCAUGAAGAAAUGCAAUGUCCUCUUACAAGCAAACGUAGAUAAUUUACAGGAUGAAAUCACACAAGUACGCGCCAAAGCAGCCAAUUUACAAGCCGAAUUAGACGCAGUACUGGCAGAUUUAGGAUUUUAAAUUAUAAACGUUAUUUUAGCAGAGAAUUUAUUGUGUUAACUGUUUUGCUUUUUUUUUAGGUAUUUUAUAUUCUAAUUGACAUGUAUUUAUUAAA